AUGGCUUUUUUUAACGAAUCAAAUUCUGGUUUGGCUGACGAAUGCUCAGCUAAAAAUAACAGAAGGAACGAUAAAUCUUCCGUUGCCACUCACGCUGGAAAGAACUCAGGUGGUCUUAACUUCCGAAGAUUCUUUUUUCCUACCUGCUCGGUUUCGCUUCUCGUUGUUGCAAUUUAUAUGUUGCUACUAAAGAUAACCCCCCUGGACAGCAAGGUUAUGUCCCAAAUACAAGCAAGGAAUUUAUCCGAGUCACAUGAAAAUAGCUGUUUCAGAAAAGGAAACUCAGAUAAGAAUGGAGAUUCCUCCGAUUCUGAUUCCGAUGAUGACGUGUUAUCUGUGUUUGAUGAAAUCGAUUUAGGUGAAAAUGAAGAAGAGGAUGCUUUGGAUUUAGAUCAAACUGUAGAAGAAAAAUAUGGAGAGACGAAUGACUUACGUAAUGUUGAAGUGCCUGAGCUUAACGAUCCCGAAAUGAUAUUUACCAGUGAUGUGACUAAGGAAGAACUGGAAGAACUGAUCAAUAAUAUGGAAGAAAUUCCAUCGAAGAAUGAAAUUAUCAAAAUGUGGAAGCGUGCAUAUGCUCUUGAGGGACAAGAAUUUUACGAAAUGAUAAAUGGUUUAUUCGAAUAUUUCAAAGAGUUAAACGAAAAACAUCAAGUAGAGGCAGAAUAUGCUGGCCUUCAAUGGAGUAACGUCAUGUCCAUUUUUUGUGACAUCUUAACAGAGAAGGAGGAGUACUACACUAAUCUCUUCCUCGAUUUAGUGAUGAAAAAUAAGUUGACCAAAGAGGAAUUUGUGAAUUUCAUAAAAAAAUGUAAAAAGGAGUCUGCUGAAUUGAGAGAAAAUUUAUGCACCUUCGGGAAAAAUGAACUGAAUGAUAGAAUAAUUCCAAAAGAAUCAGAAAAUUAA